CGGAGUGCGGGAAGGGCUCUGCGACUGGGGCCGGCUCCGUUGGGUGCUGCCCGGCCGCGGAGCCGUAGCUCCCAGCGUCGCCGGCGGGAUGCCUGGGGCUCGGGGGGAUGGAAAUCGGCACCGGGGAGGUAGGUCCCUUCGGCGCCCUGUUCGACCCACAGCCCGGAGGCUGCCGGAGCCGGAGCGCGCCGUGCCCAGGGGGUCCCUCCCGCUGCAGCAGGGCGGCAGGCGGCCGCGAUCACCUCGGCUCCCGGACGGCGGCAAGACCCAGCGCCUAGUUUGCCCGGUGCCCGCCACCCCCCGCACACCCCGGCUCGCUCGGCUCCAACUAAAGGGGAGGAAAAGCCUCAAGUCGACGCCAGGCUGCCCACAAAAACGUCUUUUGUGCAAGUUCCCAAAGAAAAACGCGUGCGGGGUGCGAGGGGGGGAGUUGCACACGCACAGCUUUGUCCAGAAAAAGGUUAUUUCGGGCGCAGCUGUUGCAGGAGGGAGGAAAGAGGCCGAUCCCGCAGCCACAGCACCCCAAAGCAAAAGGAGGAUAAAGAGAGGAACUUUGCACAUACAACAACAACAAAACAAAACAAAACAAAACAAAAAAAAGAAAGGAAAGAGAGAGGGUGUGAAAGAGCCCGCGGAGAGGAGCGGCCCGUUCCCGAUGUGGCUGGGAAGAGGAGACGCUGUCGCCAGCCGCGCCCUGGGAUCGCCCCUGCACGGAACGACUCUCCAACGAGGGACCGUCGCUCAGGCGGAAAAACCGACGGGCCGAGCGGGGUUCGGAGCCUGCGGGUGUCACCCCGAGCGGGGGCACAGGGGGGGCCCGGCCCGGGGGUGCGGCCGGCGGGGGCGCGGGGCUGCCCGCCCGAGCUCGCCGCGCUGCUGCCUGCCCGCCGGCCGGGCUGUCCCGGGGCCAGGGUCACCCCUCCAAGUGCCACCAGAGGCAUUUGAGGGCGGGGGGCUGCGAUUUUCCCCUCACGCCCGCUGGAAGAGAAGAAUGUUUUCCUCUGCUGUUUAGCUUUCCUGCUAGAUGUCAUCUCAAAGUCUGGGAGGAAGGGGGGACCGUGCUCUGCUCUCUUCCACGGUAACAACCAUAUUCUGCAUAUUGAAAAAUAUGAUAGACAGUGAGGAAGGAGCUUUUUUUUUUCCCCCUUAAAAAAAAACAAAAAAACCAACCUUUUCAAUAUUGAUUCAACAAAAAAGAGAGGGAGAGAAUUUAAAAAGAGAAGAAGCAGCACCAGCAGCAAGGAGAAUAUAGGCUCAGCAGCUCUCCAGGUUCGCUUCCUUAUUAUUACUAUCCAGGGGUAAUUUUUCAUCUCUGCUAGCUAAUCUUUGUUCCUUGUGAAGAUAAUGAAUAGCCCAAUCCUUAUCUCCUGGGCUCCUGGAGGCUGCUGGAGAAUGGGGUUGAACAGGGUUGAAAAUUGGUUCCAAAGUGCUGCUGAAUAAAUGGUGUUCCUUAUCUCUCGCUUCCAGAUUAUCGGAACCCUUUCAAAACUCACACAACAAAUACAGCCACCGCAUCUAAUGCAUCAUUUACCAGAGCAGAUCUCCGCGUUUGAUCGGCAGAUAGGCAAAAUCUAUGUAUUACUUGCUUUACUUAGUAUGCAUGGACGCUGGGCUGCUGUGCAUGCGGGGUGCCCCCGGCCGGGCCUGGGACACCCCCGAGACUCUGAGCACACGCAGGUCUUUGCUGUGGACUCUGUGGAGUGACAAGAGUGUCCCCUGCCUGUCCCUGACCCAGAGGAGCAGGGUGGGACAGCAACCCACCUUGCAAGGUUGCUGCAUGCUUGGAAAUUUGGGGUUGCUCUGCUGGGGAGCUGGUGCAUUUGCAGGGAGAGGGGAAUAGGUGUGAGCAUCAUCCUGGGCACCCCAGGCACCCCCUUGCACUUACAUUCACUCCUGCACCCACAGGCGCAUUAGCCUGCACUCAUGAGUUGUUGCUGCUCCAGAGGUGCUGAGCUCUGGCUGCAUGGCAGCAUCACUGCCCCACCCCCAUUCCCCACACCCCCCCGAAAACUGUUUUUAGGCUUAGCUGUGCCCUAGUCCUGCCCCAGCCUUCAGCAGUCUCAGGGUCCAUCUUGAACAGUCUGGUAAAACCUCCUAGUGCUCCCCCAGGCUUGUCCCCCCAAAUCCUGGCAGCCCAGCCACGGAGCCCAGAUGUCCCUUGGGUCCUCCAGGGGCUGGGGCCAGCCCCCAGCCCUUCCCAUUGGGUGCUGGGUGGUCCCCUCCACAUCCCAGUGACGGCAGAACAGGGCACCUGGGGCAGCUUAAAUCUGGGGAGCAACUAGUGACCCUGGGGGAGAAAAAUAAAGAAAUAAACCCCACAGAAAAGGAGUCCUUCUUUGCCUCUGGAGUUUGUGUGAAGCCUGUCCCUUCCAGCUCAGGGCAAUAUCAGGUUUUCCUUUUUCAUUUUCUUUCUUUCCUUUCUUUUUCUUUUUCUUUUUCUUUUUCUUUUUCUCUUUUUCUUUUUCUUUUUCUUUUUCUUUUUCUUUUUCUUUUUCUUUUUCUUUUUCUUUUUCUUUUUCUUUUUCUUUUUCUUUUUCUUUUUCUUUUUUUCCUUCUUUCCUUCUUUUCCCACUAGGUUUUCUGGUUUCUUAUUCUCUUUUUUUUUUCCCCAGAAAAAUACAUCUGCGUAACGCAAAUGCUUCCCAGCCUGGCUGUGCAGCCACUAGCUCCAGAGCAGGAGAUCCCCCAACCCAGAGCUGGGGACAGAUGUCCCUUUCCCCAGCAGUGCCUGAGCUUGUCCCCAGGUCCCAAACAAGAUGGUAUUUUAUUUUGCUCCACCACAGUAUACCCCUACAUCCCCAGGACUGCCCUGGACCCCCAGCCCAGGGACAGCAAUGAGAUUCUGGAUUGGUGACAGGACAUCCACAGUGUCCCAGUCCCCUCUGCCUGUCCAGCAAAGCUCAUCCCUCCCCUGCCUGGAAAGGGAGAGAAACUUCCAUGGGAAGUUGCCGGCAAGCAGCAGCCCCAGCCAGCCCCUGCCCAUCUCAAGAGUUUUGCAAAUGUUCAACUUGUACUAAUUUUUUUAUGGCUGUAUUCAUAGUUGUUCCCUGUAAAAAAUGGACCUGUGUUAGUUUAUUAAUAACCUAAACAUUACGUAUUAAAGACCUAUGAGUGACACAAGAUGACAAAAAGCUGUAUUUUUCCAAUAUACACAAGCACACAUUUAAUAACCUUCUAUUGCAUCUCAGCUAGGCCUUCUCUCUGAUGGUUCCCAUGGCAACUGAGAUAAAAAAGCAGCCAUUUUCCAUAUCUCUAUGAAAGUCUAUUAUAUUGCAGGAUUAGUUCAUCUUCUGCUAAGGUCAAACACAAAGUCAUACAACCUGAAAUAUUUAGAAUCCAUGUACAUUCAUUUUUUUGUAUGCCCUUUCAUUUUCCACAAAAGACUGGGCUCCUCUGAGGUUUUAUUCCCCAGAAAAUGCUAAGCAAAGCAAUAAAAAAAUCAUGAUUAGCAGCUGA